UAAGGCAAUAGAAUCGCCCAAAAUGGCGCCUCCAAAACGUGGUGGAAAGGCCCCGCGUGGUCGUUCCAGAUAUUUCGACAAAAAUACGCUUCAAACCCAGAAACCACACGCCGGUAAACAUGGGGAUAGAGGGUACGAAGGGCCGGACAGGAGGAUCGGGCGCCUGGAGCCGGAGACGCUGGGUUAUUACCGGAGAGUGGAGCAACAGCUGAAAGAUGGGUUCGAGGAGGAGGAGGAAAAGUGUUUGUUCCUCAACAACGUCUUUACACAGGUGGAAGAAGAGAUUCACCUUCUGGCCUGUAACCAGACUGUGAGCAGGAUCCUGGAGACCCUCCUGCACCAUGCCUCCACCUGCCAUCUCAUCAACAUCAUCUCUCAUCUCAAACAGAACAACUUCACAUCACUCUGUACAGACAGGUUCGCUGGUUAUGUCCUCCAGACCAUCGUGUGUCUCAUUCCCACACAUCUUAGUGGGAACUCUGCUUCUAAGGGAGUCACAACUCAAGAAAAGACGACAGAGAAGGAAGAGCUAGACUCUCUCCGCGACUUGUUUCUUGAAGUUUGUGAGGAGAUGGUACAAGGGAUUGCGCCGCUUGUGAGGGACCACUACGGCAGCCAUGUGUUGCGAGCAGUGUUUGAGACCCUGAGUGGGGUGAAGCUUGAGCAGAAGAUGGUCCGAAGCCGGCUGUCACUCGGGCAACAGAACAAAGGAAAAGAAAGCAAGGCUCCUUCCACUGUCACAGUCAAACCACCACCUCCCAGUUUUCUACAGAUGCUGCAACAGUUCACUAAAGCUGUUUUAGACAUUGAAGACUUCUCAGGUUUGGUGUCCCAUGUAGCUGCCAGCCCCCUGCUGCAGGCUCUCCUGACUGUGUUACACAAGGUGGACCAGGGGCUGUGUACACAAGUCUGUCAACAGGUCAUGGAGUCUGGUGUGUUCACAAGAACAUGUGCAGAGAGCGAACUCAGUGGAGUGUGCCUGGCCCUUGUACACCAGCAUGCCAGCUACAUAGUGAAGACCCUGCUGACCGUGGCUGAUGACACCACCUACCGGGACCUGUUCCAGCGCCACUUUAUGUGGAGACUGGUGCCCCUCAGUCUGCACCCCGUGGCAACGUUUGGGCUGCAACAACUACUGGCAACACUUCGCACUGAGGACCAGUUGACAUCUGUUUUGGACGAAGUCAUGCCACAUUUUGAGGACCUGCUGGCCCAUGGGAAGGCUAUGGUGUUGAUCAACCUUGCUGAUGCCUGUGUCAGACAUCGGACUGGUCAGAGAAGGUUCACCAAGAAAUUACUGAAGGCAUUUCACAUUCCCAAGAAUGACAGGCUGAGGUUUGUGCAGGUUGUGGCCUCCCUACAGUCGUAUGAGCUGUUCACUGGUGUUCCAGAGGACAGCAGUGAGGAACAGCAAAAGACAGCAAAAGUCCUGACUACUGUAACCCUCCAAGGCUCUCUCCUACUCCAACACCUGCUGAAGUUCGAUGACCCCUCAGAUGUAGUAGACAGUCUGGAGGCCAUGUCAGCACAGGAGCUACAGACUCUGGCGUGUAACUCAUUUGGCAGCCGUGUGCUGGAGACCUUCCUCACGAGUCCCACUGUUUCUGAAAAGAGGAGAAAGCCCUUACUGCAGAAGAUGAUGGACCUAUAUGUGGGGCUGUCGUGUGACAAGUUUGGCAGCAGGGUGAUGGACGUGGUGUGGAAGGUCGCUCCUGUCGGUGUGAAGGCUUCCAUUGCUGAGAAACUUGUGGAGAAGGAGGACAGAGUGAGGAGUGACCAGUACGGCAGGUACGUGUGGCAGAAUUGUGCCAUUGACCACUUCACAAAGCACAAGGAAAAAUGGAAGGACGUCCAGUCUGCCCAGGAGAAGAAGAGAAAACUGUUUCAGGAGAUCCUGGCUGAAGAAUCUCCUCCCAAAAAGCCAAAGAAGGAAAGAAAGGAAACAGCUGACCCCAAACCUGCUGACCAACUGGCACCUGAGCUGGCCAUCCUUGGGGUGGGAGUGGACCAGGAGGAAGAGGAAGAUGAGGAAAGUGACUCAGCAGACAGUGUCACAUGUGUCAGCCUAUGCAGUAAAGACACACCCCACCUUCAAAAAACAAAGAACAAGGACAAACUGAAGAAAGAGGUCCAAGACAGUGACUGGGAAGAUGACAAUAAGAUGGACACAAAGCCAAAAAAGAAGAAUGUUGACACAGGUAGAUUAGAGGAAGACAAGCUGAAGAUUGACACAAAGCCAAAAAAGAAGAUAAAGAAGAACGUUGACACAGAUAGAUUGGAGCAAGACAAACUGAAGAUUGACGCAAAGCCAAAAAAGAAGAGAAAGAAGAACAUUGACACAGAUAGAUCAGAGCAUAACAAAAUGAAGAACACACAAGCUGCAGUCUCUGACCCUCCAAGUAGUGAGAAGAAAGCUAAGAAGAAAGUCAAACUGCAAGAGAAAAAGAAACGUAAGAAGUUCCCCAAGAUUCAUCCAAAACAGCAGUGAAACCUUGAUUGUAGAUUAUUUGUCCUACCACAUUUACAGGUCACAAAUGUUUUCACAGUUGGUUGGUACUAUGUUACUUGGUUGGUUGAUAUAAUGUUAUUGAGUGUUAGUUCUGCUUCUAUGAAGUUACAUAAGUCACUUGAGUAGACAGGGCAAAAAAGUAUUAUACUUCCACAUUUUGGUUUUAAAAAUAUACACAUAAACCCACCUUGUCAAC